AACUAUACAUAUGUCUUUCUCUAUGUGCAGAUAUGUGUUACUGAAUGAUUUUGCUGUGUCACUGAUGUGCCUUCUUGAUUUUGGAAUAUGAUAGUGAAUGUGAAAUGGGGGAAGGAGAAGUUUGAUGCGGUGGAACUGAAUACAGAGGAGCCGCCCAUGGUGUUCAAAGCCCAGCUUUUCGCUCUAACGGGGGUUCAGCCAGAGAGACAGAAAGUCAUGGUGAAAGGUGGAACGCUGAAGGAUGACGAGUGGGGCAACAUCAAGUUGAAAAAUGGGAUGACUCUUCUGAUGAUGGGCUCUGCUGACGCCCUGCCUGAAGAGCCUGUAGUGCGACCCAUGUUUGUGGAGGACAUGACGGAGGAGCAGCUUGCAUCUGCGAUGGAGUUGCCAUGUGGGUUGACAAAUCUGGGCAACACAUGUUACAUGAACGCAACAGUGCAGUGUCUACGCUCUGUGCCUGAGCUCAAAGACGCUCUCAGGAGGUACUCUGGUGCCUUGCGGUCUUCUGGAGCUAAUGCACCUUCCCAGUACAUCACAGCAGCUCUGCGUGAUUUGUACGAGUCCAUGGAAAAGACCGCGUCAAGCAUUCCCCCCAUCAUCCUGCUGCAGUUCCUGCACAUGGCCUUUCCACAGUUUGCCGAAAAAGGAGACCAGGGCCAGUACCUCCAGCAGGAUGCCAAUGAGUGCUGGGUUCAGAUUAUGCGGGUCCUUCAGCAGAAAUUAGAAUCUCAAGAACCAGAAACCCCACUGGACACUGAUGGUGAUAGUGGAGCCGCUGCCGCCUCAAAAAAGAAGAAUUUCAUCGAUCGGUAUUUUGGUGUUGAAUUUGAAACGACUAUGAAGUGUACUGAGUCAGAGGAUGAGGAUCCGACUAAAGGCACAGAGAGCCAGCUGCAGCUUAGCUGCUUCAUCAAUCAGGAGGUCAAAUAUCUCGCCACUGGACUCCGAUUGAGGCUACAGGAGGACAUUACAAAGUUGUCCCCAUCCUUACAAAGAAAUGCCCUCUAUAUCAAAUCGUCCAAAAUCAGCCGUCUCCCGGCAUACCUCACGAUUCAGAUGGUCCGUUUCUUUUACAAAGAAAAAGAGUCAGUGAAUGCCAAAGUCCUUAAGGAUGUCAGAUUUCCUCUUAUGCUGGACGUCUAUGAGCUGUGCACUGCUGGACUGCAGGAGAAGAUGGUUUCUGUGAGGUCAAAGUUCAAGGAGGUUGAAGACAAGAAACUGGAGAUGCAGCAGCAGCCGAAAGAGAAUCAGAAGGUUGGAGCUCCAAAGGAUACAAAAUAUGAACCUUUCUGUUUUUCUGACGAUUUGGGCUCCAACAACAGUGGUUACUACGACCUGCAAGCGGUUCUGACGCAUCAGGGCCGAUCCAGUUCAUCUGGCCACUACGUCGGCUGGGUUAAAAGGAAAGAAGGUCAAGUAUUGUCUAUGUCUCUCAAACGUCAAAGCAGUGUUUUUGGACCUCAUGCACUUAAUAAGAGCAGAUCAAGUUAUUGCAUGAACAGUGGCGGCUCGUGGGUUUUAAAAUCGAGGAGGCACACUAAUUGUAUUGGUCUGGGGAUCCCUGCCGAUUAUUAUUAUUAUGUGUUUGAAUCAUUCGUAAAAUGCAUAGGCUUUUUUUUGCCUUUAAUGGAUCUUGAUUGCAUGCUUGAGUGAGUAUUCCAGGAUUCCUAAUAAUAA